UUCACUAUUUAAGAUGUGAGCCACGUUUUGUCAGCUCUCAUUACUCUGCUAUUAUUUGAACUGGGGCGGCUCACGUUUGCUAAUGCGUCGCCUCUUUUUAUGUUGUUUCAUUCUUCUGGGCAUUUCAUUGCUUCUGCCGUGCGGUGCUGGAAACAUACACUCUUCCAACACCCGCAGUGGGGGGAUUUCUCACUGAAAAAUAAGUCUGCAGAAUUGAACGUGAAGUUACAUUUUUCUCCAUUUAAAACUGCAGCAGAUGAAAUGUCCAGUUUCGUUGAUUAGUUGUGUUGAUCGAGAAACGCAUGCAUGGAUAUGAGCAGUGCGGAUACAGCUUCCACUAAACUGCUGAGUCUCACACAACGCUCUGCCUCUGAAGAUCUGGGCUGCCGGCGUGGGGAAUUCAGCAGGAAGCACUAUGGUUCUGUGGAGCUGCUUAUUUCCAGUGAUGCAGAUGGGGCCAUACAGAGAGCGGGAAGAUUCCGGGUGGAAAAUGGAUCCAGUGAUGAGAGUACUGACUACACACCGGGAACAUGGCACCGAACUGAUGUGCACUUAGAGAACCCAGAAUAUCACACCAGAUGGUAUUUCAAAUAUUUUCUAGGAAAAGGUAAUGCCACAAAGCUGGGAGCUGUGCUGUUACAGGUGGAAAGGAAACGCCAUAUUGGGAAUGACAUUGUAACCAUUGUCUUCCAAGAGGGAGAGGAAUCAUCACCGUCUUUCAAACCAUCUAUGAUCCGUUCCCACUUCACACAUAUUUUUGCCUUAGUCCGAUAUAACAAGCAAAACGAUAGCUAUCGACUUAAGAUAUUUUCUGAAGAAAGUGUCCCAUUGUUUGGACCUCCUCUCCCUUCUCCGCCAGUGUUUACAGAUCAUCAUGAGUUCAGGGACUUUGUUUUAGUUAAAUUAAUAAAUGGAGAGAAAGCAACCCUGGAAACCCCAACGUUUGCUCAGAAACGUCAGCGUACCUUGGAUAUGUUAAUACGGUCUCUGUAUCAAGAUCUCAUACCAGACUUGCAUAAGGAAAUGAAUGAAAUCCAACUAGGCUGGAUAACAAAUAUGUUAAAUAGGAGGUCGUUCAGCGAUGUGCUGCCGGAAUCCCCCAAAUCGGCUCGGAAAAAAGAGGAAGCACGUCAAGCGGAGUUUGUCAGAGUGGGCCAAGCCCUCAAGCUGAAGACAAUCGUUAGAGGAGAUGCUCCCACGAGCUUGGUAACCACUGGCCUGUACAGGAAAGAGGAUGACCAGGAUGAGUUUACCAGAUCCUUGGGUCAUUUUCCAGCCAGCAGCACAUUGGAUGAAGGAGUACCUGUAAAGCCUUUUACUUGCUCAAAAAGAAGGAACAAUCCCUGGGAGCCUCAAUGUUUCUGCAGCAAUUUCCCCUUUGAAAUCAUCUGCAGUGAUUCCUGGGGACAGUCGUUACUAAUCUCCACAGACGCUGGAGUGUUAUUGUUAGACGAGGGCCAGACCCCAGUGCCAGUCUUUGACAGGAGCCUGCCAGUGAAACAGAUGGACAUCUUGGAAACUCAGGAUCUCCUGCUCACGAGAGCAGACAAAGGGAAAGAUGCACGUCUGUUUGUCUUUAGGCUGAGCGCAGUCAGGAAAGUUCUGGAGGAGAAGCAACUGGUGAAGAGCAAAUCUGAUUGCAAGGACAACAAGCUUGAAAAAACAAAAGGUUGCCAUUUGUACGCAAUCAACACCCACCACAGCAUGGAUCUGCGGAUUGUUGUCGCCAUUCGCAACAAGCUGCUCCUCAUUACAAAGAAAAACCUCAGCAGGUCCAACAGCUUCCCAAGCCCCCAGGCACCUGCAGAGUCACCUGUGGAAGAAUUCCAGUACAUCAGGGAAAUAUGCUUGUCCGACCCACCCAUCGUCAUGACCCUGGUGGAUGGACCCACUGGAGAAAAUGACAACCUGAUCUGUGUUGCGUACCGUCACCAGUUUGAUUUAGUGAACGAGAGCACGGGCGAGUCUUACAGGCUGCACCAUGUUGAUGCCAGCAAGGUUAAUUUUGUUGCAGCUAUUGAUGUGUAUGAAGAUGGUGAAGCAGGACUGUUACUCUGUUAUAACUAUGUAUGUUACUACAAAAAGGUGUGUCCCUUUAAUGGUGGCUCUCCGCUGAUACAGCCUUCAGCUUCUGAUUUCCAUUUCAGCUGGAACCAAGUCCCUAAUGAUAUUGUCUGUGUCUUUCCUUAUAUUUUGGCCUUCACGACUGAUUCUAUUGAGAUUCGACUGGUGGUGAAUGGGAACCUUGUUCACACAGCCGUAAUGCUCGAUCUUCAUCUCACAGCGUCACAGUCAGAUAUUUACUUUACGUCUGCUGCUGCAUCAAUGAAUGCAGCCUCCAGCGGCAGCUCGAAAGAAACCAGCUCACACAGUUCUCCACAAACUCCGACAGGACAGGAGCUGCCUGUACUGCCCUCGUCUCCAGGUGAAGGUGAAAUUCAGUGGAAGCACAUUUAUAAGAUUCCUCUCAGUAACCUUGUUGGAAGAAGCAUUGAGCGGCCUCUGAAGUCACCUCUGGUUGCCAAGGUCAUUACCACGCCAACAUCGAGUGGAAUUGCAGCGAUGCCUGUAACUCACUCACUUUCACUUUCUCGCAUGGAGAUCAAAGAGAUUGCAUGCAGAACACGCAAAGAGUUACUGGGUUUGACGACUGAAUCAAACACAACCAAAUCUGACACAGCUCCAAAGCAGAAAAAAUGGGCCCGGAAGGGAGUGGACGAGGAGCUCAGGAAAGGUGCUGUGAGAUCGACGAGCAGUGACAGGAUUUUGUCAGAGAUCACUGACACUGAGGUAGAGACACAGCGCCAUUUAUCCACCAGUUCCGACCCGGACACAGCAGCCAACAGAGAAGAGAGCCCUCCAGCUAGCAGCUCAUUUCACUUGAACACAUCCUUCGACGAAGAGGUUUUGGAUUUGAAGUGAGGAACUGGCGACGGUCAUUUUCUGUUUUUUGUUUGUUUUAGCUCCCUCCUUCUCCCCCUCCGAAGACUCUGUAACCAUUGCAACCCACCCAAAAUGUAUAGUGCAUGUCUGCUCAGUUCUGUUAUUGCUGUUGCACUUCGAAAGACCAACGACCUCUGUCCUCCUAUUUAAUGUGAAUUUCACACAUUUAAUAUGAGCCUUGACUAAAAGUUUUGGAAUAUUUUUGCAGAUGAUUUACUUAUUAUUUAUUACCACAUAUUUAUCUCGUUGAAUGGAAGAACUUUGUUGGCUGAGGUUUGUACAUUUUGUUCCGUCAGCCUAAUGUUUGGUUUUGAACCCUUGGCCUCUUAGCAGUAGUUUUGUACUCAAUGAAUAUGUACUGUCAAAACUGUUGCUGCCUCUGUGAUGGGAAAAAAAAACACCAACUGUCUUAAGAUAUUGUAUUGCCAUUGUUUUUAAUGCCAAGAAUUAAAUAUAAAUGUUUUGUGUUUCAAAUGUUGCCUCUAAAAUUACUGAAUUCGUACCUACAAAAAUAUCUAUUUUCAGUGCUAUAAUGCACUGUUGUGAAAGUAGAUUAUAAUUCUGUUAAUUAAUAUGAAACAAAUA